AUGGUUUCCGUGCGUGCGACAAUUAUCUCUGCGACUGCCCUGGCGGCACUUAUCCAAUAUUGCCCAGCUCCAUUUGCCCCAGCCAUUCCCGCAGCGAUUACAGCCGGCAUGACCGGCGUCAGGGUUAUCGUGGGAGUUAUUCGUGUUGCGAGGGGCGGCGUAAAGGCGGCCCGUAAAAUCGACAAGUUGACUGAUGACGAUGACGAAGAUGAAGAUGAAGGGGAGAACGAAAAGCGCGGUUUUCAAGAUCUGCAUGUCAUACGAACCUUUAAUCGCGUUCACCAUAUCGCGGCGCGCCAGGACCCCAAUCAGCGGGCUUGGCAGUUAUGCCACGACCAGUUGACCAAUGCGACAGUCGAGUUUUCUGGGCCCGCCGAAGGUGAGGUCCUCGCCAAGGGGCUGCCUCCCGCGUGCAUGACGCUCUCGGGCGUCCUCACCGGCGAGUACAACGAGGGUAACCCGGUGCCCCAAGGUGUUGACUCGAUUCUCUUCACGGGUCUCUCCGACGAAAGUGUGCAAGAGAUCCAGGAUGCACUUGACAAGAAGCAGAGUAAGAACUCAGAUGUCUUGGCCGUCGGAAAAUACCGAGAGCCGCAAAGCUGGUUCAGCCGUCAAUCCGCUAUCGAAACCUUUUGUGUAAACAUCCCAGCAUCUCGUGAGAUUGGACUAAUUAGCGUAGCAAUCGGAUCAGUCAUGCCGGGUAUCUUUAAUGUGCACCCACUUCGGGAACGACAUCCGGAGGCAGGCAGGAAGGCAUCACUAGUCGCUCUGGCGACUCUCACGAGCUCUGAACUGUAUCAGGAGAUCCGAGUGGGUAAUGAGUCUCAGAUGGUAAGGCGCCCAUCGCUCCACUAUACCCAGUUCCUCAUUGAAGUAUCGAGCUCAAAACUCAGCCCGCGCCGGCUUCUCCGGGCAUUCGCCUUGGGAACUUCCGCGCUUGUCGGUAGCGGUACCAUGACGGUGGGAGUCUUAGCAGAUGCGCCGGCCGACCAAGGUCCCGGAGGCACGGCACCAGUCCGACCAUUCCGACUGGAUCAGGUCAAACUCGGCAACGGCUUGCUGCAAGAGAAGCGUGAUAGAAUCAAGGGGUUCUUGGAUGUCUACGACGAGCGGCAAUUUAUGGUUCUUUUCAACAAUCAAGCCGGGCGCCCCAACCCAGACGGUGUAUCCCCCCCUGGCGGAUGGGAGGAUGGUGGACUACUCAGCGGGCAUUGGACAGGUCACUACAUGACGGCUCUUUCUCAAGCAUACGCUGAGAAGGGCGAAGAAGCUUUCAAAACCAAGCUCGACUGGCUGGUCAAUGAGCUGGCUGCUUGUCAGCGUGCCAUCACUGCGCGAAUCAACGGCAGCACCGGUGCAGGUGAUGACGCUCAAUGGAUUCCCACAUAUCCAGGAUACUUGGGUGCGCUCCCAGAGGACACGGUGCUGAGGCUUGGUCCGCCUCGUUGGGCUGUCUAUGGCAGCAACCUCAGCACCAACACUUGGGCGCCCUGGUACACACAGCACAAAAUCAUGCGAGGACUGCUGGAUGCAUACUACAACACGAACAAUACACAAGCUCUUCAGGUCGUGGAAAAGAUGGCCGAUUGGGCGUACCUUGCGCUGACCAUAGGUGACAAGAACCAUCCUGACUAUACGGGCAAUCUGACCAGGGACGACCUAAACUACAUGUGGGACCUGUAUAUCGGCGGUGAAUUUGGUGGAGCCAACGAGGUCUUUCCAGAGAUCUACCAAUUGACCGGCGACGAGCGCCAUUUGCAAACUGCCAAAGCUUUUGACAACCGGGAGUCGCUGUUUGGAGCAGCCGUAGACGACCAGGACAUCCUAGUUGUGACGCCAGACCACAUACCAGGCCGUCGCCGCAAGCAGCGCCUCCAUGCCAACACGCAUGUCCCACAAUUCACCGGUUACUUGAGGAUUUUCGAGCAAGGUGGAGGUGAGGACUACUUCACCGCGGCCAAGAAUUUCUACGGCUGGGUAGAGCCUCACCGUGGCUUCGCGACAGGAGGGACAGGCGGAACUUUUCCUGGAUCUGACACCAAUGCUGAGCUGUUUCAGAACCGGGACAAUAUCGCCAAUGCCAUCGCUUCCAACGGCGCCGAGACAUGCACGACGUACAACCUGCUAAAGCUGGGGCGUAACCUCUUCAUGCACGAGCACAAUGCAACCUACAUGGACAAUUACGAGCGUGGCUUGUUCAAUAUGAUCGCAGGAUCGCGUGACGACACAGACAGCGGCAGCGACCCUCUGCUCACCUACUUCCAGCCACUCAGUCCUGGUACACCGCGCGACUUUGGCAACACCGGCACCUGCUGCGGUGGUACGGGAAUGGAGAGUCAUACCAAGUAUCAAGAGACAGUCUACUUGCGCUCCGCCGAUGGAUCCACGCUCUGGGUCAACUUGUACGUCCCGUCCACACUGACGUGGGAGGAUAAGGGCUUCACAGUCGAGCAGGAGACAGCUUUCCCGCGUGAGGGCAGUGCAAAGUUCACCGUGAACGGACAAGGCCCGCUGGAUAUCAACUUAAGGGUGCCGGCCUGGGUCCGCAAGGGAUACCAAAUCACCAUCAACGGAGAGGCCCAGACAGGCGAGGAGGCACAGCCCGGCACAUACCUGACCCUGAGCCGGAGCUGGACCGCAGGCGACGUGAUCGAGGUCAAGAUGCCCUUCACAAUCCGCACCGAGCGCGCGCUGGACCGCCCAGAUACCCAGGCCAUCAUGUGGGGGCCAGUGCUGCUUCAGACCCUCGGCACGCCGAGUGGCAGCAACGACACCUUCUGGCAUUUGUCGCUGUACCAGCACCUCAAGCUCGAUGGCGACUACUCGCGCGCGGCCAUUAUACAGUCCGGAAAGAACGCGGCCGGCGACCCGCUCUUCACCACUCAGGGCGGCAACCUGACCGUGCGGCCAUACUACAUCAGCGACGCGCAGCCCGUGUCGUCGUACUUCCGUCGUGUCGAGCCGGCCGUCGUCUUUGGGUCCAUUGCCACUGGCGUGGCAAACCGCAAGCGCAACGACGGGCUGCCCAACUAUGAUGUGCCUGUCUCGGGCAUUGCGUCGCCAGGUACCGAUGGGCCAACGUUCCUUGAUUUGGUGUGGGACCAGGCACCGUUUGCUACUCAUGACGCAUUUGUGAAGGCGGUUACCUCCACAGCGGACAGCUUCGUUGCGGCUGGGGUAUACACGGCGAAAGAGCGCGAUGUGAUCGUGGCAAAGGCUGGCGAGGCGGAACAGGAACUGGCUCCGUAG